AUGAUGCAACAUCUCUUAUAAUUACUCUUGCCAAAAAUAUGUAUGUUAAUUAAGUUAAAUGUUCCAGGAUCACCCCCGUUACGCGUACAACUACGCAGUCAGCGAUCCGAUAACAAAAGACAACAAGGCGCAAUGGGAGACUAGAGACGGAGACACUGUUAAAGGAUCGUACUCAUUAGUGGAGCCUGACGGUUCCUUACGUAUCGUGGACUAUGCGGCCAACGACCUCACCGGCUUCAACGCAGUCGUGAAGAAAGUCGGACCUACUGUACAUGGUGUACAUGCACCAGUAGUACCUAUCAAGCCAAUCCUACCUCUAUCGAAGCCAGUUCUACCAGUAGCCCCCUUAACAUCAAUCAUAGGCCCAGUUCACUACGGCUUCGGCGCCGCACCCAUUGUAGCGAACCUACCAAAACUAACAACUCUGGGUCAAUGGAGUCUCCCAUGGGACCCUUUCACGCACUCCUAUGGCGGAUGGGUUCCCUUAGGCGGUUCAGUGUUAGACAAACCGCACGUCACGAUAUUCAGUCGCAAGUACGUCGAUGGUAAAGUGCACAAAUGGACGACUGGCCCGAUUCCGCUGUACGGUAGAACUUUAGUUUUGCAAAAGAAACAUUGAAUUGUAAAGAUGGAAGGUUGAGCUUGUAUAUAGUCUUGGAAUAUUCAUAAUCCUACCACCGUUCUGUCGAGGAGGAAGCCAUAUUGGUGUCUUCGUGCGUUUGGGCUUUUAUUUUAGCCAGUAUUAAAGCUAAUGUUAACUAGUCUACAAAUGCUUUGUACAUAUUUUUGCAACGUCGAUUUAACUGAGAAUGUGUAAAUAAAAGUAUAGAAACUGUC